GAACCUCUGGCCAGGACUCAGUGUUGGGGACCAGCUAAAAAGGGGGGUGUUUCUGUGUGCCCAGUAGCCUUGGUCCGAAGGCAGGCAGAGGAGAAGAGCCUGCAAAGCCUUUCUCAGUACCUGCAAACCCUGACCGACUAUGGCAAGGACCUGGUGGAGAAAGUCAAGGGCCCAGAGGUCCAGGCCCAGGCCAAGUAAGUCUCAGCAAGGGGGGUUCAGGCAGUGACACCCCUGGUCAGGAAGGCUGGGAAUGAGCUGAUGAGCUUCCUCAAUUACUUCGUGGAUCCCAAUCACUGUCGGACGCCCAGCCACUCCAAGCUGGCCCCUAGGACACGUCUGGCUGGCCUCCAGCGCCCUCUGUCCCCACCCCUUGCUUCUACAAUUAACAGUAAAGGAGUCCAUGGUGAGUUUUUUGAGGAUGGGAGAGGAAGACAGAAGCCCAGGAGGCAGAGGCGGCUUGGGUGUGAAGGGUGGAGAAAGGGUCCAAGAAACAAAUGUGGGAAAUGGCAGAGUGGGCACCGUGGAGUCUCCUCCAGGCCCGGGACGGCUCUGAGGAGAUGAAGAGCCAUUCCAUGGCCCUGGCUUGUUUGGCUCAGUGGAUAGA